CCUCUUCCUCUCCUCCUCCUCCUCCUCCUCGGUUCUUCUCUCCAUCUCUCGUUUUGUUUUUUUAUGUUCAGUUUUUCCAUCAUGGAGAGCUGGUCGCUGAUCUUCAGGGAUGGGCAGGGCAGCUCUCUGAAAACAAUCUGAAACCCUGAGACCUGUUACUUCUCAACUAUUAUACAGAAGAAAACACUUGAAGGUUACCGAAGCCUUAUUCUCCAAGAGGAACAACAACAUCCACAGGAACUCCUUCAUCUAGUAUUAAAGAAGUACUCAUGAAAUUUUAACUCCAUCAACUCAAGAUCUCCGACGCCCACACUUAAAACAAAAAGCAGAGGCAAUAGAGACUGGAAAACUGGAUCAUCAGACUGGACCAAAACCAAACGAAACACUUGGCAGAAUCUGAGACCCGCAACAAGCCAGAAGAGAUUAGUGAAAAUUGGUAAAGUCCUGUGGAAAAGUUUGAUGGGACAGCUGACAAUAGCCACAUGCCUCUGAGUCCGACCGCUGACACCAAACAUGAUCGCCCGCGGCAACAGGCGGUUACUAACGGCAACCCAACAGGCUCUGCUGUCGCCAGGGACGACGACGGGGAGGACCCGCCCUCUGGAAACAGCGUCGUGGUCCGAAUCGGGAUCCCGGACCUGCAGCAGACGAAGUGUUUGCGGUUGGACCCAGAGUUACCAGUUUGGACCAGUAAGCAGAGGGUUCUGGUGACGUUGACUCAGUCUCUGUCGGAUGUUUUGAACUAUGGUCUCUUCCAGCCGGCGUUCAACGGCCGAGCCGGAAAGUUUCUGGACGAGGAGCGCCUGCUGAAGGAGUAUCCUCUGCCCAACAUCACUCCCAUCCCAUAUCUGGAGUUUCGCUAUAAGAGACGAGUUUACACUCAGAGCUAUGUUGAUGACAAACAGCUGGCAAAGCUUCACACUAAGGCCAAUCUGAAGCGAUUCAUGGAACAUGUUCACCAGAAGAAUGCAGAGAAAGUGGCCAAAUGGUUGGAGAAAGGCCUGGACCCGAACUUCCACGACUCGGACAGCGGAGAGUGCCCUUUGACCCUGGCUGUCCAGCUGGAGGACAGCUGUGAGCUCAUCAAGGUUCUGCGCAGCGGCGGGGCCCACCUGGACUUCAGAACCAGAGACGGCAUCACGGCUCUGCACCGGGCCGUUCUGUGCAGGAACAGCGUCGCCCUGACGACCCUGCUGGACCUCGGCGCGUCGCCGGACUACAAGGACAGCAGAGGCCUGACGCCGCUCUACCACUCUGCCAUGGUGGGCGGCGCCCCCUACUGUUGCGAGCUGCUGCUGCAGGACCACGCCACCAUUGGGAUCACUGAUGAGAACGGGUGGCAGGAAAUCCACCAGGCGUGUCGCUAUGGCAACGUGCAGCACUUGGAGCACCUGCUGUUCUACGGCGCCGACAUGAGUUCCCAGAAUGCCUCAGGAAACACGGCGCUGCACCUGUGUGCCUUGUACAACCAGGACAGCUGCGCCCGGGUUCUGCUGUUCAGAGGAGCCAACAAGGACAUAAAGAACUACAACAACCAGACGGCCUUUCAGGUGGCGAUCAUCGCUGGGAACUUUGAUUUGGCUGAAAUCAUCAAGAUCCACAAAACGUCUGAUGUUGUUCCCUUCAGAGAAACCCCGUCCUAUACCAAGCGCCGCCGGGUCGGCGCCACCAGAACCCCAGCCGGGAACGGCCUGUCGUCUCCUCGCUCUCUGAUUCGCUCGGCCAGCGACAACGCCCUGGAAAGCCCCGCCUCCUCGCCCGGCCCCUCCCUCCAGAGCCUGGAGACGCAUCACGACUCGCACACUCACUCCCUGAGACGCCACCCGCGCCGCCUCAGGUACGCCCCGCUGCAUCCGCACCGCGCUGCGGUCCGACCAGCGCCUCUUACCGGUGUGUCGCCCCGCAGCCCCGGUGGGGGGGGCCACAUGGAGACCAGCCCGCCCUCCUCGCCCCCCCACACGCCGCAGAUGAGGAAGAGGAGGCUCUACAGCGCUGUGCCGGGACGCACCUUCAUCGCCACACGGUCCCACGUCCCUCAGGGGCCCGGAGAGAUCCAGCUGCACCGGGGCGAGCGGGUCAAAGUGCUGUCGAUCGGCGAAGGAGGCUUCUGGGAGGGAACGGUGAAGGGCAGAACCGGCUGGUUUCCUGCCGACUGCGUGGAGGAAGUCCAGAUGAGACAAUAUGACCCGCGAUUGGAGACGAGAGAGGACCGAACGAAGCGGCUGUUCAGACACUACACCGUGGGCUCCUACGACAACUACACCUCCUACAGCGACUAUGUGAUCGAGGAGAAGACGGCUGUGCUGCAGAAGAGAGAAAGCGAAGGAUUCGGCUUCGUCCUGCGAGGAGCUAAAGCUGAGACGCCCAUCGAGGAGUUUGCUCCCACGCCGGCGUUUCCUGCUCUGCAGUACCUGGAGUCUGUGGAUCAGGGGGGCGUGGCCUGGAGGGCGGGGCUAAGGACCGGAGACUUCCUGAUAGAGGUGAACGGCAGCGACGUGGUGAAGGUGGGUCACCGCCAGGUCGUCUCUCUGAUCCGGCAGGGAGGAAGUCGCCUGCUGAUGAAGGUCGUCUCGGUUUCCAGGAAGUCAGAAACCAACCUGAUCAGGAAGAAAGCUCCGCCCCCUCCGAAGCGAGCCCCUAGCACGUCGCUGACGCUGCGGUCCAAGUCCAUGACGGCCGACCUGGAGGAGAUCGCCAGGAGGCGCCGUUACGAGAAACUGGACGAGAUGCUGGCCGGAGGUCAACAGGAAGUGGUUCUGAGGGCCCGCCCCUCCGAUGACUUCAGGGCGGCGACGGUCAAGCAGCGGCCGAUGAGCCGACGCAUCACGCAGGCGGAGAUCAACUCCCUGUUUGAGCGCCAGGGUCUGGUCCCGCCCUCCGCCCCGGAGAAGAGCACCAUGCCGCUGCCCAGAGGGAUGUCCAGAACCAAGAGCUUCGGCACGCCGGACGACGACAGGAUCUCGGCUCUGAUCCACGAGAGCCGUUUCCCUCGCAGCUCGUCUCUGACGGACGGCUCCAUCCCGCCGCCCCCUCAGACGGCUCCGCCCCCGCCGCCGUCCCCCUCUGCGCUGUACCUGUUCGACUCCGGCCCGCCGCCGUCCUUCCUGCCGCCGCCGCCGCCGGCCCGAGGCGAGGGCCUGACUCGCUCCAGCUUCAAGCCGGGGGCAGAGCCGCGGCUGCAGGAGCUGUCGGACGCCAGGAGCCACGCCCACGCCGAGCGCCAGCGCAAAGCGCGGUCCAUGAUCAUCCUGCAGGACACGCCACCGCCGCAGCCCGACGGACACGCCGCCGGCGCCUCGCUCCACACCGCCACGCAGACCUCCACACUGUCCCUCCACAGCACCAGCCCCGCCCUCGGACACUCGCCGCUGUCCCGUCGCCGGGGACGACCGAUAGAAAACCCGUACGCCAACGUGGGACAUCAAGCUGCGCCCAACAAGCCCCAGAGGAGGAAGUCUCCUCUGUUGAAACAACUUCCUGUUGAGGAGCAGGGUCUUGGGAUCAAAGACGAUCCAUGCAAACCCGACGGCGGCGGACUGAUGAGCCCGAGCCGAGCCGAGCUGUACCAGCAGCAGGUUCUGUCCGAGCGCGCCCGAGUUCAGGGUCGCCGCUCCUCUCUCUUCCUGUCUGUGGAGGGGGCGGGGUCGGACAGCCAGGCUCCGCCCCUCCUGACCCAGAGCCACUCCAUGGACGACCUGGGCGAGCUGCCGCCUCCGGCGCCGGUCCUGUCGCCGUCACCGACGCCGCACACCUUCCUCCACCCACUGACGGGGAAACCUCUAGGUCAAACCCAUUUUCAUUUUGGGGUCACGAAUGUUCUUAAAGGGCCGGCGGUAUAGAAUAUUAUUAAUAGAUGUCUCUGCAUUCGAUAAGUAAAUGAAAUGAUACUGAACAUCUCUUCACAUUGACCACGUCCUCCAGGAUUUCAUUGUUUUGGCCAUUUUUGAAAUUAGUUUUGUGGAGUAGAAAUAUUAGUGAUAUUUCCGCUAAUCAAUCACAGUCUAUAACUUGACAUCAAUUAAGACGAUGCAGCAGCGGCGUUAAAGAAAUACCACCACCUGCAGGUGGGAGUUAGUAUCACUUAAACCAAAUGGUUUUUACCAAUUUUUGUAGAAAAUUUGCAAUAAACUCACAACACAAUUAUCCAUUAAUGCAAAAACAAAUAAAAAAAUGCAACGAUCUGUUGAUUUUGCAGAAAAACUGGAGGAACUUACAUUUGGCAGCAGAUAAAAACUGCUUUGAUUUGACUGAUGUAAUUUUAAGGGUUCUACUUAUGAGUCUAGAGGGCCACAAAAGACACUGUGGCGGACCGGAUUUGGCCCCCGGGCCCUGAGUUUGACACCUGCUUUAGUUGUUUCAGACAAAAGCUCCAAUAUUUGACCGCAUGGUUUUAGUGUGAGGGAUUUGAGGAAAACAUAUCUAUGUAUUAAAAUAUAAAAUAUUGAUUUCUUUUUAAAUUUAAAGUUUAAUGCUGAGAAACAUUAGACUCUGCUCACAUGGGAGCGUUUCCAGAAAUGUUUUCAUCCCCACAGAAACACAGAAAACAACAUAAAAUGCUUGUUUUACUCCACCACACCUGUAGGUGGCGCUAAUCAUUGAGUACAGGCCAUGAAACUUCCUCAAACGGUUAGCGGUAAACACGAGAACGGAGAACAACAAAGCGUGAUGAACAGAGGAUUUCAUGAACUUGAAAUGAGCGGAAACAAAACAAUUAUCUGCCAUUAUUGUUGUUAUUUAUGAGGCAUUUUCAAUUUUUGUUGUGUAACUCGAUUAAAACAUUAUUUCAAAAAAUUAUUUAUGGUUCCCUAAUACUGCGUUUCCGUGGAGAUGGGGCCUAAAUGUAGGUUUAGAUUCGUUUUUUGCACUGUAAAAACGCAAAAUCUCUCCAAGUAUCGUCGGUUGUUUACUUUAGUUUGUACAUUUGAAGUAAGACCAAACUUAGAAACUAAAUCAAAAGCACUUCGUAAGAUCUUGUGUUAUUAAAAUAUUGUAAACUGGGUAUGGGAAAAUGUUUUCUACUGCGAGUGAAGAAACAGCAAAACUCCUUUAAAACAGCGCCUCCUACAGGAGAACAUAUAACUACAUCCAUACUCAAUUUGCAAAGGCAAAAAAUCCUUAAAGACCCAUAAAAAAGUUGCUACUUAGGUUUUGUCAUUUUAACUUAUAUUAGUUAAUAUACAGUCAUGCUCACCAUUAUUGGCACCCCUUCAUGAUUUGCAUAGCUGAGUGAAUAUCUUCAGAAAUAAAUGGAAAUGUUCGAAAAUUAUAUCAGCAGGAUCUUUCAAUUUGAGGUCCAAAGUAAUUUAACUAAGACAAUUACCAUUUCAACAUAAAUAUUUUAAUUCCAAAGGACAAAACAGAAAACCAGCAUGUGCACUAAUAUUGACACCUCUCUUUAAUAUUUGGUUGCGCAGCGUUUGGCCUCCAAACGUUUCUUAUAUUCAUCUAUAAGCUUCUUGCACGUCUCUGGCGGCAUUUUCUCCCACGGUUCUUUUGCAAUAUGCUCAAGCUCUUGUACAUUUGCAGGGUUCUUUUCUCCAAUGGCAGAUUUCAGCUCCACCCAAAGAUUUUCAAUUGGAUUGAGAUCAGGACUCAUUGCUUUAAAACAGUCCAUUUUUCCCUUUCAACCAGGCCUGUGUGCUUUGGGUCGUUGUCUUGCUGGAGGACCCAGGAUCUUCGCCGCAAACCCAGUUUCCUUACACUGGGCAAGACAUUUCGCUCUAGAAUUGCUUGAUAAUCUUCUGAUUUCAUGAUGCCUGUGAUACGGUCAAGGCCUCCAGUACCAGAUGCCGCAAAGCAGCCCCACAGCAUUAUGGAUCCUCCACCAUGCUUGACUGUUGGUAUGGUGUUCUUUUCUUUAAAGGCUUCUUUGCGCCGUCUGUAAACAUAUUGUUUGUGUGAUUUACCGAAAAGCUCCACUUUUGUUUCAUCUGUCCAUAAAACGUUGUCCCAGAAGGAUUGAGGUUUGUCCAGGUUCUCUUUUGCGAAGAUCAAACGUUCUUUUUUAAGUCUUUUCUUCAGCAAUGGGGUCGUCCUUGGCCUCCGCCCAUAAAGCCCCACUUUGUUUAGUGUGCGUCGUACGGUACUUGUUGAAACAAUCACACCAGACGGCUCCACGUUGGUCUUUAGAUGUUUGACGUGGUGUUUUUUCCUCCAUUCGCACCAACCGUCAAAGACUUCUGUCAUCAAUUUUUCUCUUCCCCCCACGUCCAGGGAGGUUCUUGACCGUUCCAUGCCUGGAAAACUUCUUAACAACAUUACGCACCGUUGAAGCAGGGAUACCAAGGCCUUUGGAGAUGGUUUUAUACCCUUUGGAGGUCUUGUGCUAGCAAAUAAUAGCAUUUCCGAUGUCCUCACAGCUCCUUCGUCUUUACCAUUGUCACAUGUGGAGAUGAACUAACAAGUGGCUUUUAAAGCACCAACAUGAUUAUUCAUUGGUGUCACAUGUGUGGAGGCAGUCCAUCACAAGUGAUCUUUAUGUGUGAUGUCAACAGGUGAGCCAAACUGGGUUUUCAUAUUGAUUUGCAGCAAAGGGUGCCAAUACCAUUGGCAUGGUAAAAAUGAUGUUUUUCAUAAUGUUUCUCUUUUUAAAUGUUCUUUAUCAUUUGCUGUUUUGCUUCAGCAGUAAAAUGUUGUUUCACUUGAUGAAAUUCCUUCAGUAAAUAUUCCAUUAUAUGUACUUAAACUUCAUGGGUGCCAAUAAUGGUGAGCAGGACUGUAGUAAAUCUUGUCAAGUUCUUUAACACAUGCAGUUGUUGCCAUCGAUUCAUAGAAGAUCUUCAAAUUAAAAACAAAAAGCAGAGUGGGACCGAGGACACGGCCUUGAUGCACUCCAUGAAUAUAACGGCUAAAUGAAACAGAUUACAGACUAAAUGGAGCUCAGAAAACAAUUCAGCGCUGCUUUUUCAGCAACAUGUGAUAUUCAAAUCCAGUCCUGAUUAAACGUUUCCCUGUUUUUUGUUUCCUCAGAUCCAUCGUCUCCACUCGCCUUGGCUCUCGCCGCGAGAGAGCGAGCGCUCACGGCCCGAACGCCGAGUCCCGAGCCUCGAAUCAAACACUCCUC